AUGGUGAGUCCACUCUUACUGACACGCUGUUCGAGCAGAGGAAAGGAAAACAACACCGAGUACGGAUUCAUAAACAGCUGUCUGCAGUCUCUGGUGGAGGAGAGGUUUGGACACGAGACAUGGAACACAAUCAGUUCUCUGGCGGGUCUCCAGGACCCGUUCAUGACCUACACGGUGUACGACGACGCCGUGACGCUCAGACUGGUGCAGGAGGCCUGUGGGAUGCUGGGCGUGGAGUCCGACGUGCUGCUGCGGCUCUUCGGAGAACACUUCUUCAGCUUCUGCAAACGAGCCGGAUACGACACCAUGCUGCGGACACUAGGGGGCGACCUCCUGGAGUUCAUUCAGAAUCUAGACGCGCUGCACUGCUACCUCGCCCUGUCGUACCAGGCCAGUGGGGACCAUGGUGACGAGGACGGGGACAUGUACUUUGGCACCUACAACCUGACCGGCAAAGUACUCUACACCAUCCGUCCCAAGUACGGCCGCCCCCCGCGCUCCUGCAGCGCGCCCGCUUUACCCCGAGGAAGCGUGUGGGAUCGAGGAGAGAGGAGAUCUUUCUGCAACGCCUUUCCCCUUCCAAUCAUGGUGUUCGACGCCAGCAGUCGCGACUACGCUUCGAGUCGAUGCCGCACGGGUGGGCGCACCGAGAAGGAGAGUCGCCCUCUCGCGAGCGACUCUCGCUCUGCACCGCGCCCGCCCUUCUCCCACGCUCGUCCCUCCUGCUCUCUCUCUCGUCACACGGUAGAAAAGAUGAAAGUGCUCACCCCCCCUCACCCCCCCUCACCCCGCAGCCCCCCGCUCACCCCGCGGCCCCCCCUCGUGUCAGACUCGGCGGCGCAUGCUUUGAUGGCAGAGGGCGAGCAUGCACGGGGGGGGGGGGGGGGGCGUAUGUACACGAGCGAGGAAGGGAGGGGCCCUGUUCACAUCUGGCAUUCAAAUGACACUGUGCAGGCGUUGGAACUGAAGGCGGUUCCCAAGCAGAGGUCCCCGUACAGAGACUCCAACACAUCGUUUAACACGUGA